UUCAACUACGGUACCGGAGUCACAACAAACAUCAGAGGCGUCCAGCUUGGUUCCAGAACCUUGGACCGACCUGAUAACCGCGCACGAAAAACAGCCGCGAUCCCGCUUCGGAGAUAGGCGGUGUUCGGCAAGGCUGUUGACUGCGGACCAGCCCCAGCUGUGAGGUGGGGUGGGCUCCUGGAGACAGCAGCUGUCCGAACCAAGCUGGUGCGAAUGGACCCGGCCGCUGGGUUUUAAUGGGCCACUUCCAGUCCGGCUGUAGAACCGAUAAACAGCUCGCUAGCAGCAUGAUACGAGCCCGCCGCUAACUGCGAGCUAAAUGCUAACUCUCAUGGAAGUGAGGGGGAUCAAAGACACCGCCACUAUCUCACGGAUGUAAACCCCUGGAUCCUCGGUACCGGUCCCGACCACCUGCGCAGGUAACCCUGUGGAUCGUCGGUGGCGGUCCCAGGCAGCUGCUCAUGUAAACCAGGUGGACCGUUGGUGCCGGUUCCGCUGCGUCUUUGACCAGCCAUGCAGCCAGCGCAGCCGCAGUACGACUUCUUCAACGAGGAGAACUCACCCAAGUGGAAGGGCCUGCUGGUUCCAUCACUGGAGAAGGUACUAAACCAAGUGCACCCUAACCUGGUGUCCCAGCAGGGGGCGCUGCAGUACAUUGAAGAACUGAUCCUACUGCUGCUGAGUAUGUUGUGCCAGGCUCAGCCUCGCAGUGUUCAGGAUGUGGAGGAGCGGGUUCAGAAGAGCUUUCCUCAUCCCAUUGACAAGUGGGCCAUCGCUGAUGCUCAGGCUGCCAUUGAGAAGCGGAAGAGGAGAAACCCGCUGGCUCUGCCUGUGGAGAAGAUUCACCCACUGCUGAAGGAGGUCCUGGGCUACAAGGUGGACCACCAGGUGUCGGUGUACAUGGUAGCGGUGCUGGAGUACAUCUCGGCGGACAUCUUGAAACUGGCGGGGAACUACGUACGAAACAUCCGCCAUUUUGAGAUCUCCCAGCAGGACAUCGCGGUGGCCAUGUGUGCUGACAAGGUGUUGAUGGACAUGUUCCACCAGGACGAGGAGGAGGAGGUCGGAGUUUUCCCACUGCUGGACGAGGAACCUUCGACCAACGAGGACCAGAGCUACUACGAACUGGUACGAAGCUUCAUGUCUGACGGCCGGCAGUACCUGAGGCAGCUGGAGCUGCUGAUCAUGGUCUUCAGGGAGCCCUUCAACUCCAACGCCAUGCUCUUCUCUCAGCACGACGUGGACAGCAUCUUCAGCAGGAUCCUGGACAUCCAUGAGGUGACAGUGAAGCUUCUGGGUCUGAUCGAGGACUCGGUGGAGAUGACGGAUGAAGACAGUCCCCACCCGCUGGUGGGCAGCUGCUUCGAGGACCUUGCAGAGGAGCUGGCUUUUGACCCAUAUGAAACGUACACCCAGGAUGUCCUACGCCCGGGGUUCCACCAACACUUCCUCAGUCAGGUGUCCAAGCCAGGAGCUGCCUUCCACCUGCAGUCCAUCUGUGAAGGAUUCAAGGAGGCGGUCCAGUAUGUGCUGCCCAGAUUGCUGCUGAUCCCGGUGUACCACUGUCUGCACCUGUUCGAUAUCCUCAAGCAGCUGGAGGAGAAGAGCGAGGAUGACGACGACAAGGAGUGUCUGAAGCAGGCCAUCACGGCCCUGCUCAACCUGCAGAGCGGCAUCGAGAGGAUCUGCUCCAAGAGCCUGGCUAAGAGGAGGCUCAGUGAGUGGGCGUGUCUCUUCUACAGUCAUCAGAUGAAGGGGAAACACGUGACCAUCAAGAAGAUGAACGAGAUCCAGAAGAACAUCGACGGCUGGGAGGGCAAGGACAUCGGUCAGUCGUGUAACGAGUUCAUCAUGGAGGGAACGUUGACCCGUCUGGGCGCCAAACACGAGCGCCACAUCUUCCUGUUCGACGGCCUGAUGAUCUGCUGCAAGUCCAACCACGUCCCCCCACGGCUACCCGGCGCCAGCUCCGCUGCCGAGUACCGACUGAAGGAGAAGUUUGUCCUGCGCAAAGUCCAGAUCAACGACAAGGACGACAAGGAGGGCGAGUACCGGCACGCCUUUGAGAUCAUCCUGAAAGACGGGAACAGUGUGGUUUUCACCGCCAAGUCUGCGGAGGAGAAGAGCGGUUGGAUGGCGGCACUGAUCUCGCUGCAGUAUCGCAGCACUCUGGAGCGAAUGCUGGACUCUGCGCUGCUGCAGGAGGAGAAGGAGGAGCCCAUGAGGCUGCCCUCCGCCGACGUCUACCGCUUCUCGGAACCGGACUCAGAGGAGAAUGUUGUGUUUGAGGACAAUGUCCAGUCCAAGUCUGGAAUACCAGUGAUAAAAGCUGGGACGGUCCUGAAGCUGAUCGAGAGGCUGACCUUCCACAUGUACGCUGAUCCAAACUUUGUGCGAACGUUUCUGACAACGUACCGGUCGUUCUGUAAACCUCAGAAGCUGCUGGACCUGCUGAUAGAGAGAUUUGAAAUCCCAGAACCACGACCCACAGAGCCGGACCAGAUGGAGGAAGAGCAGCCGCUCAGCGUCGAACUUAAACGAUUUAGGAAAGAGUUUGUCCAGCCGGUGCAGCUCAGAGUGUUGAACGUGUGUCGCCACUGGGUGGAGCAUCACUUCUAUGACUUCGAGAGAGACCCGCACCUGCUGGGGUGUCUGGAGGAGUUCAUUGCCUCUGUCAGAGGGAAGGCCAUGAGGAAGUGGGUGGAGUCGAUCACCAAGAUUAUCCAGAGGAAGAAGCAGGUCCAGGUCAGUGGGCUCAGCCACAACAUCACCUUCCAGAACUCUCCUCCUCCGGUCGAGUGGCACAUUUCCCGUCCUGGCGACAUGGAACACUUUGACCUCAUGAGCCUCCACCCCAUCGAGAUCGCCCGGCAGCUCACCCUGCUGGAGUCGGAUCUCUACAGGGCCGUGCAGCCCUCUGAGCUGGUGGGCAGCGUCUGGACCAAAGAGGACAAAGAGAUCCACUCGCCCAACCUGCUGAGGAUGAUCCGCCACACCACUAACCUCACCCUGUGGUUUGAAAAGUGCAUCAUCGAGACAGAGAACCUGGAGGAGCGGGUCGCCGUCGUGUCCCGCAUCAUCGAGGUCCUGCAAGUCUUUCAGGACCUCAACAACUUCAACGGCGUUCUGGAGAUUGUCAGUGCCAUGAACUCUUCGCCGGUCUACAGGCUGGACCACACGUUUGAGCAAAUACCAAGUCGCCAGCGGAAGAUUCUGGAGGAGGCUCAUGAGCUCAGUGAAGACCACUACAAGAAGUACCUGGCCAAGCUGCGCUCCAUCAAUCCCCCCUGUGUCCCCUUCUUUGGGAUCUACCUGACCAACAUCCUGAAGACGGAGGAGGGAAACCCCGACUUCCUGCGGCGCCACGGCCGGGAUCUGAUCAACUUCAGUAAAAGGAGGAAGGUGGCAGAGAUCACCGGAGAGAUCCAGCAGUACCAGAACCAACCGUACUGCCUCAGGGUGGAGAACGACAUCCGAAAGUUCUUCGAGAGCCUGAAUCCUCUGGGGGACAUGACCGAGAAGGACUUCGCUGACCGACUCUUCAACAAGUCCCUGGUGAUCGAGCCGCGUCACGCCCGCUCACUGUCCCGCUUCGUAAGUAUCAACCUGGCAACGUACAGCGCUGAAGCCCAGGAGACGCGUCAUGACCCCGGUUCUUUUCAACAGGCCAAGAAGUACACCUACCCGCUGAAGUCACCAGGGAUACGCCCCUCUUCCUCGGCCAGGCCGGGCACCAUGAGGCACCCCACGCCGCUCCAGAACGAGCCCCGCAAGAUUAGCUACAGCCGCAUUCCUGACAGCGAGGCUGAAGGCGCUGCCGUCUCUGCACCCAACUCGCCCCGCACGCCCUUGACUCCCCCUCCGGCCUCGGCAGCUUCCAGCUCCACGGAUGUGGGAAGCGUGUUUGAUUCCCCGCAGGCACCCAGCAGCCCUGCCCACUCAAAUUGCAGCAUCUUUGCGAUGGUUUCUCUACCUCACGGCCCACGGUCGUCCUCGGUCUCAUCCAUGGUGAGUUUCUCUCGCGGCUCCGAAGACGUGACGGUCCCUCCUCCGGUUCCUCCCCGCAGACGACCCGAGUCCGCCCCGGCUGAGUCCUCUCCAUCCAAGAUGAAGUUGGACAGCCCCCCUGCGGUGCCCCCCCGACAGCCCACCUGUAAGUUUCUCCCACAUCGAUACUCCUCACUGUCCUCGUCGCCCCCCGACAGCCCUCCCACCUUGCCCCCCCGGGAGCCCCUUCCUUCUCCUCUUCACCUCCAGCCCCCCCCACAGGGUCGGAUCCGCUGUGACAUGCAGACCUUCUUUCCCGCCACCAUGCCUGCUGCUAGCCCUGUCCCUUCCUCACCACCACCCAUCACUGUAAGCCCCACCUCCAGGAAGACCCCUCUGUUGUCCCCACCCCUCCCUCUGCUCCCCUUCGACGGUCCUCCCGUGCCCCCCCGACACGGUGUCCCUAAACUUCCACCAAAGACCUACAAGAGGGAGUCUCUGGGCCACGCCCCUUUACUGGACACACCGCCAGCACUGUAAAUGGCCCGUUAAAGAGGGUCCUUUCACAGGCUGGACUGUCUGGAACCAGAAUCAGAGGGACUGACCCCUGAGCUGGUUCUCGCUGUGUCAACAAACAAGGGAAUAGAAUGUUUCAACUGCAGAAAGACUUUAUUGACUUUUACACACAUAUACACACACACACACACACACACACACACACACACACACACACACACACAUUCAGAGGUGAUGUGGACCACGGAAUGUCCGGCACCAGAAUUUUCACUUGCCUUUAAAAAUGUAUUAAUGUGCAAUAAACAUGUGACUGAACUACGUGUUUGUUCAUGUGGAACCGGCACACUGUUGUUGGUUCUGAUAGUCUAGUUUGAACACAGGUAACAGAGUUCAGGGUCUCAACAAAUCCGGAUCAAACAGAACUGUAGCACUCUAAAGCCGUGUUGUUGGAGUUAAGAGUGUGGGCGCCCUCUGUUGGUCAAAGUCUCGCAGCUCAAGAGGUGAGCUCAAGGGGUGACAGGGGUCAGACUGGAUGCUGGUCAGCUGUGGCUCGUGUUCUGCAGCAGCCUCUGGACCCGGUCCAAGAUGAUCUGGUUUGUACUUCUGCAGUCUUCGGGUCGGUACGGAGCGACAAGGGUCAGAACUCCAGCCACCCUCAGCUCCUCUCCCUCCUCCUCCACAGGGAUCCUGUUUGCCUCCAACCAGCUCCGGACCUGCUCGCACCGGCGCCGCCGCUCUUCGGGGUCGAGACCAGUCACUUCGGGAGGCCGGAACAAGGACUGCAGGCGUGCUGACAU